AUGGCUGAGUAUCCAGUUUGUUUUGAUAUUCAUUCCGGUGAAGCACCUUGGAAUGUUACUGCAUCAAAAGUACUCGACCAAUCAAUUCAGCUGGCGAGGAACUUUGAGAAGUGCAGGAAGAGAUGGAGCAAUGCCGAGGAGGAGCUGCUGGAGAACCGGAGUCGGUUGACAAAGGUGGAGAUGGAAUUGACUGCUCUCAAUGUGAGGUUCAAACAUACGUGCAGCCAGCUGGAUGUGCAGCUGAGGAGAAGACAAAAGGCAGAAGUGGCUUGUGAGCAGCUGGAACGCAGGUUGCAGCUGGUUCAUGACAUUCUGAAGAGUGAAGCGUCAAGCCCAGCGUUGCCAAACGAAGAUCAGCGGAGUCUCCUCAAGGCUCUGACAGGUCACCCUGAGACAGAGGGGCAGACCAGUGCCAGACUCCGUGCAGUUGACGAAACGUUGACUUCCAACUCCUGCAUCAGUUACGACAGAACCUGCGAUGAACUAUCGGAUACACAUUUGUCGACAGUGAAACCAAUAAAGCUGAAAAAUCGGGACAAGAGGCGUUCCAGUCGUAUUCUGGUAGAUCGUCGUCCAAUUGUUCCCAGGAGAUCUCGCUCACACUCUUUUGACCAGAUUGUGGAUGGCGUGGGCUCCACACCUGGAAGGGACAGUGAUACUGCGGACAGUAAAACGGGAAGUGAGAGGGAGGUUCACACGGGCUCCCCAAGGGAAUUAGUUCGUCGCCGACACGCCGACUGGAACAAGCGACUCCCCCUGUUGGCAGGGCAGAUUCCAGGGAACCGCAUUGCUGGAAGCCAGCAGGCCCUCCUGACUGCCCCAGGAGCACCACCAGGAGACCCAUUCACAACCCCGCGGCAGGCAGCCCAAACCAGGCCGCACAUCUUUGUCUCUAAAACGAUCAUUAUGCCAGAGGCAUGUGUUCCCUGUGGGAGACGGAUCCGAUUUGGACGGAUAGCUCUGAAGUGUCAGAGCUGCAGUGUGGUAACCCAUCCAGAUUGUAAGGAUCGAUGUCCGGCACUUUGUGCACCCAAUUUCACUGUGACCUCUGUCAAAAAUGGUGAGGGAACAGUUGCAGAUUUUGCUCCACAGACAAUUCCCAUGAUCCCAUCUCUGGUCGUCCAUUGUAUCAAUGAAAUUGAACAAAGAGGCUUACAGGAGCCUGGGAUUUACAGGAUACCUGGUGGUGAGCGGACAGUGAGGGAGCUGAAAGAAAACUAUGUGCGAGGGAAGGGUCUCCCAUUGCUCGGUCGAGUCUCCAACAUCCAUGUGGUUUGUGGGUUGCUGAAGGACUUUCUCCGUAAACUGAAAGAGCCUCUGGUGACCUUCAAGCUCCACUCAACAUUCAUGGCACUGACGGACCUCCCAGAUAAUGAGAGCAGCAGAGGCCUCAGUCGAGCUGUGCACAGCCUGCCUCGUGCUAAUCGCGACACGUUAGCCUUUCUCAUCAUCCAUCUUCAGAGGGUGAUGGAGAGUCCAGAAUGUAGGAUGGAUAAACAGAACAUUGCCAGAGUCUUUGGUCCAACCAUCGUGGGUCACUCCAACCCCAACCCAAAUCCACUGGAGGUCUUUGAGGACACGCAACGCCAGCCAAAGGUUGUGGAGCAGCUUCUCUCAUUGUCCUCUGACUACUGGAACCAGAUAGUGCCGGUGGGACAGGGUACAGCCCAGAUGGGACCCAGCAACACUGAACCAGGUCUCCUCAUAGUUGCUUUAGAUCCACAUCCUCUGUCCUGGGCUCUGUCACAAGCUGACAUCAAGGACUCUGAACUAUUGCAUGUGUGGCCAGUGGUGUCUUCUGAGUGGACCCUCAAACUGCAAAUGGGUCCAGCAUUUCAUUUGGAUCCAUGUUCUCAUCGAUCACUCCAACCCCACCUAGGGGGUCUUAGAGCUUGUGGCUGGCCACCUCAUUUUGAUGGGGGUUGGUGUCAGGCCUACCCUAAUGGAUUCUAA